UAAUGUCUCCUGGCUUAAGCUCCGCCCCGUUGGCCGGCUCAGUCUUACAAAACCAGUUUACACGCCGCACCGCGCACAGCUUUCUACUCCUGAGACCGACGGCACGAAGGAAACCAUCAAAAAUGGGAGUGACAAUUAAAGUGGAAUACUGUGGCAAGUGAGGCUACGAACCCCGCUAUCAGGAGCUCAGGCGUGCUGUCAAGCAGGAGUUUCCCGAUGCGGCUGUUUCGGGCUUCGUGGGAAGACAAGGCAGCUUUGAGAUUGAUGUCAACGGGCAGCUGAUCUUCUCCAAGCUUGAGCUAGGGGGGUUCCCACAUGAGGAUGACGUCUUGGAUGCAGUUAACAAAGCCAACGAUGGCAAACCUGUCGAGAAGAUAACCAAAAGCCGCGCACCAUGCGUCAUCAUGUAAACCCCCCGCCUGCCCUGCCGCUUCCAAACCGGCCAGUGCUUCUGUAAACUGCCGAUGUCACCUCUGCUUUACAGAAGGCUGGCGGAGAUGCACUAGGGCCGGUGUCUCCUGCCGCCAAACAUCUGGCUCCCCCUCUGGGUUCUCAUUGUGGUGCUCCGGACUGUUAAUGAUUACUGUGGCCUAAAAGGUUAAAGGUCAUAGUAUGAUGAAACCAUUCCUGGAAGUCCCUUUAUUAUGGAAGCUCAGAUGGGGAGAAGAUGUCGCAGGAGGAUUCGAGGGAGAUACCUUUACUUCACUUUUCCUACUGCCUGGUUCCCUGAUAUUCUAUAACUGUCUAAUUCUUUAGUUUUUUUUUGUUCUGAGUUCACAUGCAAUUACCAGUUUUCCACAGAAGGAGAGAAUUAUGCAAGGUAGAUUUAAAUUAAACAUUUUUUAAGGCAGACAGCCUCUUUGUUUCUGCCUCUGCGCAGGUCUUUGGUGAGUUUUAGGAUAUGAUAAUAUUUGAAACAUUACUGUAAGGGUUGUAGAUAUUGAAGGAAUUUUGUAUCAUUUGUGGAUUGGGAAAUGGAAAAUUAUGCUGCCAACGGUUUCUUUCUCUUUCCGUAUCAAAUAAGAACUUUUCAAUUUCUCUCGUCCGUUUCUGAUACAUAUAUAUUUAUCUCUGUGUUAUCAACUGUUGGCUACUAGCGCAAUCAUCGGCAGUGCUUCUGAAGACCACCACCCACUGGUUUGUCAGCUCACGCGUAACAAGAUGUCUGCCUGCACCAUAAUCACCUCAAUGUUCACUCGGAUGUCAGGAAACUUUUUAACUUUAAAUAAACGUACUGUAAUAGCUCA